AUGACUCCAGCUCCAACUUCUACACUUGCAACAACAGAAAAACCCAACACAAAAACCUCAUCAAAAGGUUAUCAAAUUGAUGAAAACAGUUUCCACAAAUUAGCAAUCGGAGGUAGUUUACCCAACCAGUAUCCUAAAUUUACCGAUAAAUUACAAGAAAGAAAGUUUAUCUUAGAACAUACUGCAGCAACAUUCAGGAUAUUUGCCCGCAAUGGGUUCAAUGAAGGUGUUGCUGGACAUUGUUCAGUUAGAGAUCCCCUUGAGCCAAACACAUUUUGGAUAAACCCCUUGGGUUUACACUUUGCAUUAAUAAGGGCUGAAGAUUUAGUUCAUGUUGAUGAAGAUGGUAAUAUUUUGCCUGAUGGUAACCAGGAUCCAAUUAAUGCUGCUGGAUUUGCCAUUCAUAGUUCCUUGCAUAAGGCAAGACCGGAUGUGAAUGCUGCUUGUCACACCCACUCAUUAUAUGGACGGGCAUAUAGUGCUUUUGGUAAGCCAUUGGAAAUGAUUAAUCAAGACUCAUGUACGUUUUUUAACAAUCAAGCAGUUUACAACUCCUUUGGAGGAGUGGCUAUUGAAAAAGAUGAAGGGAAAGCCAUAGCUGAAGCAGCUGGGGAUGCUAGGGCAGUGAUAUUACAGAAUCAUGGGUUAUUGACUAUGGGUAAAACCAUCGAUGAAGCGGCUUAUUUGUUCAUGUUGAUGGAAAAAACAUGUCAUGCACAAUUAUUGGCUGAUGCUGCUGAGUCAAAAGAUAAACCAAAACAAUAUAUUGCUGAUAGUGAAGCUGAAUAUACUGCUCGUAUCACUAGUAAUCCUGCUAUUUUAUAUACUGUUUUCCAAUCAGAUUACAAGUUGGAAGAAAGAUUAUCUAAUGGUGAUUUCAAAUUUGCAGGUUAG